CACAGCAGCGCUUUUUGCCUUGCCCCGCGUCUUAUUAACAUCCUCCUGGAUACUGUGAAUAAUUCAAGAGAAUAUCAACCUUCCACACCGCAAAUUAUCUCCUCCAAGGCAUUCGAGUCUGCAUCUCCGAUCUGCAUCUCCGACUCAGCCUGAUCGCCUUCUAGUCGACGACUCUUCGGUAUGAUCAGAUGAUAUCACCAAGAAGCUCAAAACGCUUUCAUCCCAAGCCUUAUUGGCGAGAAUGGCCGACUGGUAGUGGUGGAACGGACGAUGCGCAGCUUCUUUCGGUACUUGGUAGUUCCAUCCACCCGGAGCUGGAAGACCUCUCUGUCCUAAGCUGGGGGCUUGGCGAAAGCGAAAAGGAAAAGGGCCCCCACGCAAGACUUGAUGUGCUUACUUGCAUUGGAACGGAUGUUGACUGGCAGUAUGAGGUCCCAGAUGAUGAAUUGGAGACUCUGGUAGCGACCACUUCUCCUCCUGACUCUAUCAAAGAGAGGAAGCUUCAAGUUUUCUUCAUUACCACACCCUGGUCGGAGGAGACUGACCAAUCUUGGCUUCCCGGAAAUUUCAGUAUCUCGCCUUUUGUACUACGCAUCCUACUGCACCAAGGCCUAUCGCGUGCCAUACUUGCCGAAAUAUUCUCUGCCGAAGGGUGGUUCGCCAAGAUGGGUCCACGAUGUUUUACGCACCCCGGUGAAAGCGCCUGCUUAUCCUCGUUCGAAGUGUCUUACCGUUCCAGAGGGGGCUGGGUGACCGGCGUUGGUUUCACUCAGUUCAUCCGGACACGCCACCAAACCACAUACUUCUGUAUCAACUACCCUCCCCAUGCGCUCACACGACUAGAAACACUUCUGGAACAUGAUCCAAGCCUCGCGCAUCGUGAUUUCUUCCUCGAUGCACUAGCGGCGGACCAGAACUCGAAGCAAUGGCAAUAUCUUAUCGCGCAGCACCGGAAAGAGCUCAUGUUCCAUGAGAAUAUGUACGAGGAUGAUAAGUCGUACUUGGUCCUAGCCCCCAAGCAGUUACACCAGCUUUCGCGAAACUGGAAUGUCUUAUACCAGGACUGUCUAGACCAACUGGCCGUGCUCGAGUUCCUCCACCGCACCUACGAGAAGUUCAGGAAGACCGUCGAAGAUCCUAAGAAUAGCUGGGACGUCGACAAGCGCUCGGAGAUGUCAGAGUCCUUCGAGGCGCUGACGGCGCAGUGUGACAACCUGUCGCGCUGGACAUCGGUAUACCGUGAGCGAACGCUUAUUCGCAUCAACCUCCUCUUUCACCUGACCAACCAACGCGAAUCCCGCACCAACACCCAGAUCGCUGCCUCAACCGCCAAAGUCGCCGAGCAAACGCAGCGUGACUCCGCAUCCAUGAUCACCAUGGCAUCCUUGACGAUGCUCUUCCUACCGGGCACCUUUAUCUCAGCUGUUCUUAGCACCACGUUCUUUAACUUCGAUGAGGACGGUCUACACGUCUCACCCAAGUGGUGGAUACUUCCUGCAAGCACAAUCCCAUUGACGGUGGUAAUAUUUUGCCUUUGGAAUACGUGGAGGCGCGGCAGAGUCAAGCAGCUCGAAGAGCAGGCGAAGAUGCUACAAGAGGAACGUGCAAGGAUGCAGAAUGGCAAAGAGAAGCAGUUGUCGUAAGCUGAGAUGGUUCUACUACCAAGUACUGCGCUGCAUAUUUAAGCUAGAACCGUGGCUCUCGAGAUAGGAGCUUUCCCUUUCAACUCUUGCCGCAAGUGCAAUAUCAUCCGGGCAGUGAUGAGAAGCACUUAUGUUAAGCUCGGCAAAGGUCCCUUAUAGGACUGACUGCGCCCAUUGAACUCGAAGUCCAGACCCAAGCAAGCCAUCUGGACCAACUUCUCAUCGAAGUUCUUGCUCGCAUACUCAAUCGUCAUAUCGAUACC